AUGAAGUUACUCCUAAUAGCGCUGGCCGUGUCAGCGGUGAGCGCGAGUCAGCUGCUGCCGACAUGCGACAAGCCCGUGUACUGCGAUAGCAAGCUGCUUCAUCAUGUCCAGAUGGCUCGCAUCUUCCCCGACUCCAAGACCUUCGUCGACAUGCGCAUGAAGAGCGACGAGAAGACCAUCCUCAGCGCGUUCGACGUUCUGCUCCAGAGAACCCAGGAGCGCCCGUCGAGGGAACAGCUCAAGCAGUUCGUCGACGAAUACUUUGAAAAGUUCGAGGAACUCCAGAGCUGGACCCCCGAAGAUUACCAGAAGGAGCCCAAGUUCCUCUUCAGAAUUAAGGACAUCGAGCUGCGCCAAUUCGCCAAAAACAUCCACAACAUCUGGCCCAUCCUCGGACGCAAGGUCAGCCCCCAAGUCCUGGCCAAGCCCGAGUCAUUCAGUAUGCUCCCAGUUAGCAACGGAUUCAUCAUUCCCGGUGUCAGGCUCGGCGAGCUGUACUACUGGGACACCUACUGGAUCAUCGAGGGUCUCCUAGUGAGCGGCAUGAAGGACACCGUCAGAGGCAUCCUGAGCAAUCUCAUGGACCUCCAGAGGACUUUCGGUCACAUUCCCAACGGUAACAGAUGGUACUUCGAGCAGCGCAGCCAGCCCCCGCUCCUGUCCGCCAUGGUCAUGAAGUACCUCGAGGCGACCCACGAUGUCGAGUUUUUGAAAUCUAACAUUGACGCUCUAGAAAGCGAAUUGCAAUAUUGGAUCGACCAGCAGAGCGUUAUCUUCAAGAAGGACGGUAAGGAGCACACCCUGCUGAGGUACUUCACCCCCAGCUCGGGACCCCGCCCCGAAUGGUACUACGAGGACUUCACUCAAGCCCAGAAAUUCUCCUCUGAGGAACUUCAACAACAGUUCUACAGCAACAUCAAGAGUGCCGCCGAGAGUGGAUGGGACUUCUCAUCUCGCUGGUUCAUCAAUGAAAAUGGAACCAACAUUGGAGACAUUUUGACCACUCGUGCAUCCGACAUCGUGCCCGUUGACCUGAACGCCAUUUUCACUAGCUCCAUGCAAAACAUGGCUUACUUCUACAGUUUGAUGCACAACUCGCGUAAGGGUGCUCAUUGGGCCCAUAUUGCCAAGCAAUGGAGGAACAGCAUCAAGGAAGUGAUGUGGAAUGACGAAGAUGGAAUUUGGUACGACUGGGACCUGCUCAACGACCGUCAACGUAAAUACUUCUACCCGAGCAACAUCGCGCCCUUGUGGAUGGAUGUCGUCGAUGAAGAAUUUAAGAAGGAACACGCUCAAUCUAUCUUGGAAUACUUGAAGAAGACCCACAGUCUCGAAUUCCCCGGUGGUGUGCCCACUUCCUUCUCCCGCACUGGCCAGAAGUGGGACUACCCAUACGCUUGGGCUCCAUUAGUGAGCAUGGUUGUCAAAUCUUUGGAAGCUUUAAAAACUGAGGAAUCACAGAAAUUGGCUUUCGAAGUUGCUAAAAAAUGGGUUCGUUCCAAUCUGUUGGGAUACAAUACCUACAAGCAACUGUUCGAUAAAUACGACGUAGAGACACCUGGAAAGUUAUGCUCCGAAGACAUUUACACCCUCCAUGCCGGUUUCGGUUGGACAAUUGGUGCUACUCUUCAGAUGCUCACCAAGUACGGCCAAACUUUGAAAGCCCAAGACAGUUACUACAACUUCAACACGUACAAGCCUAACCCCACCUUCUGGCACAUUCCAACUUCUGCUUAUUUGCCCGCUUACUACAAAUCAGUUAAAACAGCGCCCGUUCUUACUGGUCCAUUGAAUCAGAUUGAAAACUCAAAUUUAAACAGUGACAAAACUUCCGUCGUUUCUACAGUCUCUAAUGAACAUGUAUCGGAAACGGUCAAGCCUGAGGAGCCAAUCAUCAUUAUUCAAAUUGACCCCACGAAGCCAUCUUACGAAAUCGAAAAGGAAAUUAUUUUGUCUACAAUUGAACCAGAGAUUACUUCAACAUAUUUGCCUUUGGAGCAGGAACUGACUACAGUUGAACCGGUCCUAGAAGAAAAAAAUUUGGUUGAAGCUCAUAAAGAGUCAUAUAUCCCAGUUUCGAUUAAGCCCCAGGUUAUUCCGGCUAUCCCAGUGAAGCCAGAGAUUAUUCCAUCCAUUCCAGUUAAGCCAGAAAUAGUUCCAGUUCAACCGGAAUUAGUCCCAAUUGUUCCAAUUAAGCCAGAGAUUGUCCCAUCAAUUCAAGUUGAACCAGAACUAAUUGCAGCUAAGCCAGAAUUUGUUCCAGUUAAGCCUGAAAUAAUCCAAACUGUUCCAAUUAAGCCCGAAGUUGUACCGGUUAGACCGUGGCUUAUUCCUAACAGGCCGGUACUUUCACCUCUUCCAGCUAAGCCUGAAGUAGUUCCAACUGUCUCCAUCAAACCAGAUAUUGUUCCGGCCACUCCAAUUAGGCCAGAAUUAUCACCACUAGUGCCAAAUAAGCCCGAAGUUUCGUCAACAGUAAAUCCUGCUAUCCAUGUCGUUCCUCUGAAGUCUCAAUUAGUACCAGUUAAUCCAGUGAGGCCACAAUUGGUUCCGUCGGUUCCAGUUCAGCCCCAAGUGAUCCCAUCGGUUCCAGUUAAGCCUACUUUGCCCCUGAAACCCGAGAUCGUAGAACCUGUUCCCGUUAAGCCAGAGUUGGUGCCAUCUACCCAGCUCAAGCCGGAACUCACCCCAUCUCUUCCACUGAAGCCCGAAGUAGUCCCAGUUGCUACACUUAAACCUCAGGUUAUUCCGGUAGUCCACCAAGAGACUCUGUAUCCCGCUCAAAUCUCAUCUUCUUAUGGAAGCAACCUUCACAUUUCGGAGGUCGCCCACGACGUGGUUGUACCCUCAGUACCUGUCACCACAGUGAGGCCCCAGGUGAUUCCAUCCAUCCAGGCUGAACUUCCUUCAGCGUCGAUCAAGCCAGUCGAAUACAAAGAAGAGAUCUCUUACAACAAGCCGGCUAUUCUCGAGGAGCACCUUAUCGUUCCCGACUUACCCCAGGCUGAGCAAUACGGUGCAUCUCUACAAGGUCACUUAGCUUCAGACAUCUCUGCAUCAGAAUCAGCUAUACUUCACCCUGAAAGUCCCAAGGUUGAAGUAGUCCCAUUCACGGUACAGUCUGAGGCAGAGAAAUUCGGAGCAGCUCUUCAAAAUCACUUAGCUUCCGAGAUCUCUUCACAACUGUCAGCUUUUAUUAACGCUGAAAGUCCCAAGGUUGAAGAAGUUGCACCCACUGUACAAUCUGGUAACGUAUGCAUAUUAUUUACGAUAUGGUUCACGUUCCGUCAUGGCGAGUGCAUCGUGUCUAUUUACAUUCGCGCGCGGGCCGUCGCCGCACUCGCUCCGGGCCGCGCGUUCUGUGUUACCGAGUUUUAUACGAUUUCCGCGUACGUAACAAAGAAAAAAAAAAUGUUUGCUCUCCGGCGAUACUUCCCGCUCUAUCCCGUGCUCGGAAUACUCGGGGCGUGCGCUCAGGCGAUAUCCCUGGUGCCGACGUGCAACUCGUCAGUGUACUGCUCGGGCGAGCUCCUGCACCGGGUGCAGCUCGCCCGAAUAUUCCCCGACUCAAAGACGUUCGUCGAUCUCAAGAUGCUGCGAUCGAGGAAUGAAACUCUGUCUGAUUUCGCGAAACUGAUGCAUCACACCGACCACAACCCCUCGCCCGAGCAGCUCCGGGCGUUCGUCCGCGAAUACUUCGCCGAUGGAAACGAGCUCGAGCCCUGGAUGCCCCCCGAUUUCGACCCCGACCCGCCCUUCCUCAAGGAGAUCGUGGACCCCGUGCUGCGCGAGUUCGCCCGGGACGUCGUGGCGAUAUGGGCGAAGCUGGGUCGACGGGUAUCCGCCGACGUCGCCCGGCAUCCCGACCGGUACAGCUUCCUCUCCGUCCCGAACGGCUUCAUCAUCCCCGGCGGGCGGUUCAAGGAGCUGUACUACUGGGACUCCUACUGGAUAAUCCGGGGCCUCCUGAUAUGCGACAUGAGGGACACGGCGCGAGGUAUGAUAGAGAAUCUGCUCCAUCUCGUGGACAAAAUCGGGUAUGUCCCCAACGGCAGCCGAGUGUACUACCUCGGUCGAAGUCAGCCGCCCCUCCUGGCCGCUAUGGUCUCAGAGUAUUUUGAAGUGACUAAGGACUACGAGUGGCUCGCCCGUGCCGUCGAGACAGUGGAGAGGGAGCUGACCUACUGGCUGGAGAGGAAGAGGGUGACAGUCGAGGUCAAUGGCACCGAGUACAUGCUGCUGCGAUACCUGGCGGACGCCGGCGGUGGCGGGCCGCGCCCUGAGUCCUACCUCGAGGACUACACGAACGCGCGCGCCAUCCCCCGCCCCGAACGGCGCGAGGAGUUCUACCUGGAGAUCCGCAGCGGCGCCGAGUCCGGCUGGGACUUCUCGUCGCGCUGGUUCGUCACCGCCGCCGACGAGGAGGUCGGCAACCUGACCAGCGUCCACAUGUCGCGCAUCCUGCCCGUCGACCUCAACGCGUUCUUCGCGGGCGCGCUGCAGCUGGCCGGCGACUACCGCGCGCUGCUGAAGGACCGGCGGCGGGCGCACAAGUGGUGGAGCCUGGCGCGGUACUGGCGGGGCGCGAUCGAACGCGUGCUGUGGGACGACGUGGACGGCGUGUGGUACGACUACGACGCUCUGGCACGGGCGCCGCGCCGCCACUUCUACCUCAGCUGCGCGACGCCGCUGUGGGCGCGGGCGGUGGACGCGGGCGCGGCGGCGGAGCGUGCGGACCGCCUGGCGCGGUACCUGCGGUCGUCGGGCGCGACGGACUUCCCGGGCGGCGUGCCGGCCUCCAUCCUGCACUCGGGCGAGCAGUGGGACUUCCCCAACGCUUGGCCGCCGCUGCAGAGCAUUCUGGUCGGCGCGCUGGAGGCGGGCGGGCGGCCGGCGCGGGAGCUGGCGAGCGAACAGGCGCGCAUCUGGAUCCAGUCCAACUACUUCGGCUACCUCCGGUGGAGGAAGCUGUUCGAGAAGUACUCGGCGGUGGAGCCGGGCCACCAGGGCGGCGGCGGGGAGUACACGGUGCAGGAUGGCUUCGGCUGGACCAACGGCGUGGUGCUCGAGCUGCUGCACAAGUACGGCCGCGAGAUAACGGUGAGCGGCACCGCCCGCGCCGUCCCCGAACCUGUAGUGCGGAUAUUUUAAUUGAAUAUGUUACGAGAGCAGGCACAGGUUACCUGUGCUAGCUGGAUUCGUUACUUGUUCGGUUGAAAUACUCCUAAAAUAAGGAAUUGCUAAAUAAUCCAGCUUUUGACUGCUGAGAGUCCACUGUUGGGGUCAGCAGUACUAAAUGAGGUUAAAGCUUUAUAGUAUUCGA